UCUCUGCCCCCUCCCCUGGCAGGCAGCGCAGGACCCCCAAGAUGGCGGAAGCGCACCAGGCCGUGGCCUUCCAGUUCACGGUGACCCCCGAGGGCGUCGAUGUCCAGCUGAGCCGCGAGGCUCUCAAGCAGAUCUACCUGUCUGGGGUCGCCUCAUGGAAGAAACGCUUUGCCCGCAUCAAGAACAGCAUCCUGACUGGUGUGUACCCCGCCACCCCCUCCAGCUGGCUGGUGGUUGUCAUGGCGACGGUGAGCUCCAUGUACUGCCGCAUUGACCUGUCCAUGGGCCUGAUCUGCCACAUCAGGCGGUACCUGCCCAGCUGCCGCUACCUGAGCUUCCAGCACCGGACCCUGCUGAGCGCCGCGCUCUUCUCCACGGGGGUCUGGCUCUCGGGGAUCCUGCUCUGCCGGCAGUCUCUCAAGCUGCUGCUCUCCUACCACGGCUGGAUGUUCGAGCCCCACGGCAAGAUGAGCCGGAGCACCAGGGUCUGGGUGGCUCUAGUGAAGGUGAUGUCUGGCCGCAAGCCCAUGCUCUACAGCUUCCAGACCUCUCUGCCCAAGCUGCCAGUUCCCAGCGUGGAGGCCACAAUCCGUAGGUACCUGGAGUCCGUGCACCCCCUGCUGGAGGAGGAGAAGUACCGCGAGAUGGAAGUCCUGGCCCAAGCCUUCCAGCAGCACACAGCCCCCAGGCUGCAGAAGUACCUGGUCCUCAAAUCUUGGUGGGCAACCAACUAUGUGAGCGACUGGUGGGAGGAGUACGUCUACCUGCGCGGACGAGGCCCCAUCAUGGUCAACAGCAACUACUACGCCAUGGAUUUCCUGUACGUGACACCCACCCCCCUGCAGGCAGCCCGAGCCGGCAACACCGUGCACUCCAUCCUGCUCUAUCGGCGGAAGCUGGACCGCGAGGAGAUCCCCCCGGUGAUGGCGCUCGGCAUCGUGCCAAUGUGCUCCUUCCAGAUGGAGAGAAUGUUCAACACCACCCGCAUCCCCGGGACGGAGUCGGGGUCCCGUGGGCCGAGGCCCGGGCCAGGUUCUUCAGCCAAGGGAAGAACAAGGUGUCUCUGGACGCCAUCGAGCGGGCUGCCUUCUUCCUGGCGCUGGACGAGGAGGCGCACGGGUACGAGCGGGGCAGGGAGGAUAGCAUGGACCGCUACGCCAAGUCCCUGCUGCAUGGCCGCUGCUACGACAGUUCAUGCUGGGGACAGACAAAUUCCACUUGGGCUACAGCGAGGGGGGGCAUUGCUGUGGGGAGCCCAGCACAGCCAUGGCCCCUCCCCAGAGGCUGCAGUGGGACUUUCCGGAGGAGUGCAGGAAGGUUAUCGACAGCUCCUACCGCGUGGCCAAGGCACUGGCAGACGAUGUGGAUUUCCACUGUUUCCAAUUCUCCAAUUUUGGGAAGGGCCUGAUCAAGCUAUUCAAGAUCAGCCCCGACGCCUUCAUCCAGAUCUCGCUGCAGCUAGCUCACUUCCGGGACAAGGGCAGCUUCUGUCUCACCUACGAGGCGUCCAUGACGCGUCUCUUCCGGGAGGGCAGAACUGAGACGGUGAGAUCCUGCACCAGGGAGUCCACGGCGUUCGUGCGGAGCAUGAUGGACCCGGACCGGGGCCAGCUGGAGCGUCGACAGCUCUUCCAGGCGGCGGCAGAGAAGCACCAGCACAUGUACCGCCUGGCCAUGACGGGCGCCGGCAUUGACCGACACCUCUUCUGCCUCUAUGUGCUCUCCAGGUACCUGGGGGUGGAGUCGCCCUUCCUGGCGCAG